UGUGCAUGCAGCCUCAAAUCUAAGCUGCUGUCUGUCAGGCUGCUCCGUUUAUGCGCUCUGCGCUGCUCUUGUUUCCUCUUCUCUUCCCUCUGCGCUACACUGCACUGCACUGCACUGCUUUGCUCAUUUCUCUCUCCUUUCUAUUCCUCUUCUCACAUCUCAAUCUCUUUCUAUCUUUUACCUUUUUCUCUACCUGCAUCCUUUUCACAUUCCAAGCUCUUUUAUCUGCUGUGCAUUGCCGUGCUCUGCUCUCUUGUUUGGGAAAAUAUUGUUCACUCUGGGUUUUUUUCGCGCCACCACUCUACACGCUCCAGCUACUGGUGGAGGAGGAAUCAGAUGCUCCUGGUGCUCCAGGUUUGGCUUGCUUCGAACUCUUUGGAUCUGUGUGCACGGAGUGGAGAGGAGGACAGGGAGAAAGGGUGGAGGGGCAGUCAGCUGCCCAGGUGAGCGCUUCAUUUGCCCAGGGAAGUAAAGGCUGGCAGUAGUGGUGGCGGCAGUAGCGGCUGUUUUUUGUCCAUCGAGGGUCAUGCCCUGGGAAUUGCGUGCUUUUCAGCAGUUGGAGUUGGAGACCCUCUCCUAUUUUUGCCCCCCUAGUGGGGCAGCAUUGAUCCUGGUGCCGCGAAAAGCUGCCGGGCACCAGUGGCUGCUCCGAGAAGAGUGGGCACCAUGAACCAACUGGACGCGCCACGGCCAAUCAACUGGACCAUCAGAAAACUGUGCCAUGCAGCCUUCCUGCCAUCUGUUCGCCUGCUAAAGGCACAGAAAUCGUGGAUAGAAAGAGCAUUCAGCAAGAGAGAAUGUGUUCAUAUCCUAGUGAGCGCCAAAGACCCCCAUAGGUGCUGUUGUGGCCGUCUGAUAGGUCUGCAUGUGGGCCUGCCCCCUGGCAUCUCAUCCAGUCAGAAUGAUAAGGCAGAGCGUUUGGCAAAGAAUGACAGCCUGUCAGAGAAGUGGUCCAUCACCAAGCACACACAGCUCAGUCCCACCGAUGCCUUCGGCACCAUCGAGUUCCAGGGAGGAGGACACUCCAACAAAGCCAUGUACGUGCGAGUGUCGUAUGACACCAAGCCUGAUUUGCUGCUUCACCUGAUGACCAAGGAAUGGCAGCUGGACCUGCCCAAGCUGCUCAUCUCAGUCCACGGGGGCCUGCAGAACUUUGAAUUACAACCCAAACUCAAACAGGUCUUUGGCAAAGGGCUCAUCAAGGCUGCCAUGACAACAGGCGCCUGGAUAUUCACUGGUGGGGUCAACACAGGUGUGAUUCGCCAUGUAGGUGAUGCACUGAAAGACCACGCCUCCAAGUCGAGGGGGAAGAUCUGCACCAUUGGCAUCGCCCCGUGGGGCAUCGUAGAAAAUCAGGAGGAUCUUGUUGGCAAAGAUGUGGUGCGUCCAUACCAAACCAUGUCCAACCCGAUGAGCAAGUUGACGGUUCUGAACAGUCUCCACUCCCACUUCAUCCUGGCAGACAAUGGCACCACGGGAAAGUACGGCGCUGAGGUCAAACUGCGACGCCAGCUAGAGAAACACAUCUCUCUGCAGAAGAUCAACACACGUAUUGGUCAGGGUGUGCCGGUGGUGGCUCUGAUUGUGGAGGGAGGUCCUAAUGUGAUCUCCAUAGUGCUGGAGUACCUCAGGGACACUCCUCCAGUUCCAGUGGUGGUGUGUGAUGGCAGUGGCAGAGCGUCAGACAUCUUGGCCUUUGGACACAAAUACUCAGAGGAGGGAGGCAUAAUAAAUGAGUCGCUAAGAGACCAGUUGCUGGUGACCAUCCAGAAGACAUUCACCUACAGCCGCACUCAGGCCCAACAUCUGUUCAUCAUUCUCAUGGAGUGCAUGAAGAAGAAGGAGCUGAUAACUGUUUUCCGGAUGGGUUCGGAGGGACAUCAGGACAUUGACCUUGCCAUCCUCACUGCAUUACUCAAAGGUGCCAACGCCUCUGCUCCUGACCAGCUAAGUUUAGCUCUAGCGUGGAACAGAGUGGACAUCGCCCGCAGUCAGAUCUUCAUCUAUGGACAGCAGUGGCCUGUCGGUUCCCUGGAGCAGGCGAUGCUGGAUGCCUUAGUUCUGGACAGAGUUGACUUUGUAAAGCUCCUGAUUGAAAACGGAGUCAGUGUGCACCGUUUCCUCACACUCUCCAGAUUGGAGGAGCUCUACAACACGAGACAUGGACCAUCCAACACGCUGUCCCACCUUGUACGAGAUGUCAAAAAGGGAAACCUCCCCCCGGACUACCGUAUUAGCCUCAUCGACAUUGGCCUGGUCAUUGAAUACCUCAUGGGAGGAGCUUAUCGGUGUAACUACACCAGGAAGAGAUUCAGAACUCUGUACCACAACCUGUUUGGACCCAAACGGCCUAAAGCCCUGAAACUGCUGGGGAUGGAGGACGACAUGCCAGUCCGCAGAGGCCGCCAGAAGACCACGCGCAAAAGAGAGGAAGAGGUCGACAUCGAUUUGGACGACCCGGAAAUCAACCACUUCCCUUUCCCAUUCCACGAACUGAUGGUGUGGGCCGUCCUCAUGAAACGUCAGAAGAUGGCGCUGUUCUUUUGGCAGCAUGGCGAAGAGGCCAUGGCUAAGGCUUUGGUAGCCUGUAAGCUUUGUAAGGCCAUGGCGCACGAAGCCUCGGAGAACGAUAUGGUGGAUGACAUCUCCCAGGAACUAAACCACAACUCUAGAGAGUUUGCCCAGCUGGCGGUGGAACUCCUUGACCAGUCCUAUAAACAAGAUGAGCAGAUGGCCAUGAAGCUGUUGACAUACGAGCUGAAGAACUGGAGCAACGCCACCUGCCUGCAGCUGGCGGUAGCGGCCAAACACAGGGAUUUCAUCGCUCACACCUGCAGUCAGAUGCUGCUCACCGACAUGUGGAUGGGACGCCUGCGCAUGCGCAAGAACUCCGGUCUGAAGGUGAUCUUAGGGCUACUACUGCCUCCGUCCAUCCUGAGUCUGGAGUUCAAGAACAAGGACGAGAUGUCGUACAUGCCCCAGGAUCAGGAGACCUACCUGCAGGAGAAGGAGGAGGAGGAGCCUGAGAAACCGGUCAAGGAGAAGGAGGAUGAAGACAUGGAGUUCACAGUAAGAUCUUACUGUGAGACGCAGUACAACUCCGUGGCAAUGCUGGGUAAGGUUACCACGGAGACAUCCAGAAAGAAGGAUGUCGAGGAGGUUCAGAAACGCCACCGCCUCAUCCCCUUGGGACGCAAAAUAUACGAGUUCUACAACGCACCGAUUGUCAAGUUCUGGUUCCAUACGAUGGCAUAUGUGGGCUACCUCAUGUUGUUCAACUACAUCGUCCUGGUGAAGAUGGAUCUUUGGCCGUCUACUCAGGAGUGGAUCGUCAUCGCUUACAUCUUCACUAACGGCAUCGAGAAGAUGAGAGAGAUUCUGAUGUCAGAGCCAGGGAAGUUGUUACAGAAGGUGAAGGUGUGGCUCCAGGAGUACUGGAACAUCACAGACCUCAUGGCCAUCCUCAUAUUCUCGGUCGGCAUGAUUCUGCGUCUCCAGGAGCCUCCGUUCAUGAGCUACGGCCGAGUCAUCUACUGUGUCAACAUCAUCUAUUGGUACAUCCGGCUGCUCGACAUCUUUGGGGUCAACAAGUACCUGGGACCCUACGUGAUGAUGAUUGGCAAAAUGAUGAUCGACAUGAUGUAUUUUGUGAUCAUCAUGUUGGUGGUGCUGAUGAGUUUUGGGGUGGCGCGACAGGCCAUCCUCCACCCGAACGAGGACCCGUCCUGGAUGUUAGCUCGCAACAUCUUCUUCAUGCCUUACUGGAUGAUAUACGGAGAGGUGUUCGCAGACCAGAUCGACCAUAUGCAUAGUAGGAAGUUACAGCACAGGCUGAAAGAAAAACUCUGGCUGGGCGAAAAUUUCUUGCGAACUCACGGAACCUGGCGUAAUAUGGCUCCCUGUGGGCAGAACAUCACAACAGAGGACGGGGGGGUGGUGUCCCUGCCUCCCUGUAAGACGGGUGCCUGGAUCGUCCCGGCCAUCAUGGCGUGCUACCUGUUGGUCGCCAACAUACUCCUUGUCAACCUUCUAAUAGCUGUGUUCAAUAACACAUUCUUCGAGGUGAAGUCCAUCUCCAACCAGGUCUGGAAGUUCCAGCGCUACCAGCUCAUUAUGACCUUCCAUGAGCGGCCAGUCCUUCCUCCACCGCUCAUCAUCUUCAGUCACAUAACCAUGGUCCUCAAGCACCUGUGCUGUCGCUGGCGCAAACACGACGACGACGAGAGGGACUACGGACUGAAGCUUUUCAUCACAGAGGACGAGCUGAAGAAGGUCCAUGACUUUGAGGAGCAGUGUAUAGAGGAGUACUUCAGGGAGAAAGAUGACAGAUUCCACUCUUCAAAUGAUGAGAGGAUCAGAGUCACCUCUGAAAGGGUGGAAAACAUGGCCAUGCGUCUGGAGGAAGUCAAUGAGAGGGAACACUUCAUGAAGGCGUCUCUGCAGACUGUUGAUAUUCGUCUGGCACAAAUGGAGGAGCUGAUUGGCCGAAUUGCUGUCGCACUGGAGCGUGUGACAGGGGUCGAACGGGGUGAGGUCAACAAAGUGCGUUCCAGGACUUCAUCGGACUGCACAGACUCUGCAUACAUUCUCCGCCAUGGUGAGUGCCCGGACGCAACAUACAUCCUUCGCCAAAGCAGCUUUAACAGCACAGAGGGGAAUGCCUACCGUAUGCAGGAGGCACUGGAGGGAACAGCUGAGGGCUCCAUGUCCCCUACGUCUCCUACUGGCAUGACCACACGGACAAGGAGCCACUCGUUUUAUGUUCGUGGCGGUGAACGCGCAAGUGGAGCUGAAAGGGCCGAGAGCUUCUUCAAAGAGCGCUCGCUCAGUCUCCACCGAGCCAACAGCUCCCAAUCUGUGUCCUCAGCUGCCGCCCCUAAGGAGUCUAAGCCCCUCCCCUUGGCAACGCUCUCGGUAUCCCAGCAACACCGUCCAUCAUCAUGCAUUGAUAUCUAUGUCUCAACUUCUGAGGAGGUGGGGCCCGCGGAGGUCUUCUUGGAUCCUCUCCGUGUGGUCCCGCCACUCCGGAGAGACCUGUCGCUGCAGUCAGAUAUUAUGGAGACGGUGUUGCCGGGAGGCCGGGACUUCAGCAGCGCUGCCUCCAGUGGUCUGGGCGACAGGCACUCUGAGGGCAGGCCAGGCAGCAGCGCAACAGCUGGAGCUAUGUUUGACGACAGUGCAGCUGCUGAUUUGUCCUUGUGCUCAGCCCACCUCUUACCCGACACAACCUUACCUCUGUGGGACAUGGAUCCAUCCCCACCUCCCUCAGCAGGGCUGCUUGAACGCUCUAAGAGCAGUCGCUACCUCUGUACAGCAGGCACAUCGUUCCUGGAUGAGCCUCCUCUGGUCAAAUCCCACAGCCUCAUGUUCACUCCAAGAGGCUGCUACAGCGGACUGGGGGCAGGCGUCCAGGUAAAAGCUGCAGAGUACACCAGCAUCACUGACUGCAUCGAUACACGCUGUGUCUCAGCUCCAUACACUCCAGCAGAGCGCUCCCACUCCCCUGGAGGCUCCACCUCAUUCCCCUUUGACAAGCCUUCAGACAUUGGCUCCUCUCACCCAGAGAGAGAGGCAGAGCUUAGUAACACAGAGUCUGAUCCAGAGGACCCUGAGGACCUGAUUCCAGCCCCUGAUACCCCUCGCCUAGGAGGCCUUGGCGGACCCAGUGGGGCCCCUCUCUGCUCCUCCUUCUCCAGGCUGGAGCGGGCAAACAGCUGCUCCUCAGAUGACUCCCAUCCUUCCCUCACGCUGGCCCCUCCGCACCGGAAGAGCCUGUCAGUGAGUGAGAGGAUGGAGAGGGGAUCGAGUCUGGGGGCAGACAGGGUACCUGGGCCGGGGGGCCGGGGUCUGGCAGGAACCAGAAACCCCUUCCUCAGGAGCAAGUCUGGAGCACGGCCCGAAACAGCCAAGACUGACAGCCUCUCCAUGAGGAAACUGGCCACUCCGUCAGCUUUCCGCAGCUUUGAUAGACAAAACUACACGUGACAAGGACACUGGUCAGCUCCUUCAGAUACUGAUAGGACCAGGGAGGAAAAGGGCCCAGGGCAUAAGUGAAAGCAGGGUGGAGUUGCCCAUUGCUCCUUAUCUGGACCAGAUCUACAGUUUUUACACUUAUGUUUUAGUCUAGAGAAGGUUACAAAAUUUUUUUCAUAGUACGUACAGGAGGGGCAACUUUACCCUGGGUCAUGAAUCAGGAAGAAGGGAUGUUAGAUGCAGAGGUCCUAUUGUACACCGGUCAAAUACAAAGAGCUAUGAAUCUAGACUAGUUUUUACCUCUUCUUGUAGCUAAGUAACUCUCAAUGGGGUGUUAUGGCAAUGGAAGGUGUCUUUGUACUGUGUGUCUUCCACCCACCACCUUCACGUCAAGUAGACACCUGUCACCGUGUUACAUCACAUAUCGAUCACAUUAGUCAGAGAAAGUGAACUGUUCCUCCUUGCUGUUUCGUUUGGUAGAACCUGCCACGUCUGACAGACGGACACAGAGAGAGGAGGUAGAACGCCAAAAACCACCACCUCAUUUUGUCAGUUUGUCAGUUAGCAUAGAGCCAUUACUGUCACGAAACUAAACGUUCACAUCAAGUACAUUUUCCUCUCUUAAUCCUAACUCCACACUGUACGACCCCAGCACAAGCAAAGCAGAGCUGACAUUUCUCUGGCUGGUCCAUAACGGAAUCAGCAAAGUGUUUGGAAACCCUCGUGGUUUGGAGACAAUGGCAGUCACAUGGCAACAACUUACCUCUCGAUACACCUUUCAAAUAAUCAAUAUUUAUAUCAAGCGUGUCUUUCGUUCACGUAUUGUAGCAAAAUGUAUCUACAGGACUGUGUUUAUUUCUUCUGUCGGAUCAGCCAGAAAAAGAGAGCCGUGUUUUAACCAACGCAAGACAGUUGCAGGUCCCCAGUCCAUCUGUUUCUGCAGCGACUGGAUAAGUUCAAUCUGUUCGAUUAGCCACGGGAUGCAACUGAGAAGGAAAACAGCGAGAAAGAGAAUGUGACACAAAGACUGAAAAUCAGCAGGAGAAAAUAUCCAGUGUUGUACCGCUCAGGCUUUUUGGCGCAGACUCCAAGCGUGGCCCAACACACAAGAAGGGAAUUGAGAAAAGAAGAGUUGUUUGAAGUGCGUGUUAACAUUAACAUACACAUGACCGCACACAUACAUGGUCAGUCAAAUCCUACUCACUUGUGGUAAUAACCUCAACUUCAUACCUGAGCCCAGAUAUUUAACAAGUGCAAUUGCAAAAAAUGGAGACAAGAGGGCGCUGUGAGCCUAUUUCAGAGGCGAUGCUUGCUGGGUGAACCCGGGACACGUUCAUCUUUGAUUAAACGUUGCAUAAUGUUUGUUUAAACAGAAACUGAGGCACGUUGAGCGCCCUGUUGUGUUCCUAUACACGUCAGUGCUGACUCACAUUUGGACUUCUGAGUAUCAUGUUGCCCAAUCUUAUGUUGCCUAAUAAUAAUUAUAUUUAAUCUUGAAUCUUUAUUGGACUACACCUCUAACACACCCACCAAACAAAAGAACAAAAACGGCCAUUGCAGGUUUCCAGGAAACACAUCGUUCCACUAAGCUAAACGUCUUGAUUGAACGUGCCCCCAGUGUGAGCCUUUCUUCGCCAGCACCUGACUCCAAAAAAUCCUUCCACUCCACCACUUGUAGCUCUUUUGUAGCGCAGACCCCCCCACCUCCACCCCCUCCUUCAGGUUUUGGCAGUGGCAUUAUGUUGCAAGGGUUUUUACAUCCACCAACAGCUAAUGGAUCCGUCCUUCAUCUCUUCCAUAACUGUCUUUCAUUGGCUUUUCUCUUGCAUUUAUUUAUUAUUUAUUUGUUUUAUUGCAUUCAGCUUCUGCAAAAGCAGACUUUGAAAGAAAGCACUUGCCCCCAUGACUGAGCCCAUUACACAUCAUCAACUGGUCCAGAAGAGGUCCUGCAGGAGGAAGAUCUCAUUUAUGAAUUUAAAAAAAGAGAGAAACGCGCUUGGGAAUGAAGUAUAUGCAUUCUAGCUGAGAUUAAAGAAGGGUGUGUAUUCACACAGGAUGAAAAGUGGGACUAUUAUUGAAAAGAUGAAAGCCAGAUAAGUGUUUUAAAAUUUUCUAAUUUUUUUAUUCUAGUAGCGGAAGAAGUGUGGUGGUGGUGGUGGUGGGGGAGAAGAUGUCCUUCUUUAAUCGCUCUAUAAAGAUAAAAUAUAGGUGAAAUUAUUAGAAUUCCUACUGAUUUUUUUAUUGUUUAUGUUUUAUAUUUCCUCGCUAUUAUAAUUCAUUUCAAUCAUGUUGCAUUAAUUUUGAGAUUGAUUCUAUUUAUUGACACU